AGGAUGGUCAUUGCGUGUGCGUUGGGGUCUUGACGGCCAGCUCCACAGCAUGAUCCUUGGCAGCAGACUCAACAACCGUACCCACAAACCUGCGCAUUACACCACACCACAUCACAUCACGUCACCAACGUCGACCACUGACACAUUCCCCCCUCUCUCCGUGUGGGUACCUGAAGCUGCACCCAGCGCCGCAUUUGAGUAGCUUGUCGUAUCCCUCGACGGCCUUGUCGACGAUGACCUGCAGGCUCUUGAGGCACGAGCCGUCGUUGAGUUCGACGAGGCAGAAGGCGCCGCCGCCCUGCUUGCGGAUGGUGCGGCUCCACCCACACACCGUGAUGAGCUUCCCAACCCAGGACGCACCCAUGUCCUCAGACGCAACCAGCACACUCACGCGCACUCGGCCACCGAAGCUGCAGCCGCCAUAGAUGCAUCCGAUGCAUUCACACAGCACAGCACCCGACGCAAUCGACUCACUGCACCCCGUCGCCUUGCCCUUGCGUCUGUCUGUAUUCACCUGAACGUGGCUUGUGGAACCUUGUUGUUCGUGUCCUGUAUGGUCGAUCCAGUGCCGUUGGUCAGGAGGGUGCCGUUGGCCAUCCCGAUCCCGCCUCCGCCACUAGCAGCAGCAGCGGCAGCAGCAGCGGCAGCAGCAGGAGCACCAGUGACGGAAGCCGCUGCUGCUGCUGCCGAUGGCUUGGCCGACGGCUGGCUUGUUUGCGCAGGGGUCGCUGCAACAGCGGCGGCAGGUGCGGCAGGUGCUGGCUCGUCAUCGAACUGACACAUGGUAAGACAAUCUGCUGGUGAGAGGGGCAGAGUGUGGCGUUGAUUCGAUUCCCUACCUGUGGUGCCCAGUGCAAUAUGGUGUUGAACCAGCGGAACACACAGGGGUAGUCCUUCCGCCGCUCGGCCUCAAGGUACUGACAACAAACAAGAGAAAGAAAGAGAGAGAGAGGUGAGAAGCCAUUCAUCCAUCCAUUCAUCCAUCCAUCCAAUGGUGGUCCAGUCUUUGCGUCAGUCGAGUCAGGUACCUACCUUGAAGAGCUCGUAUGCGGAGAAGGACAGCGAGAUGUCCGCUAUGGUGAGGGUGUAGCCCACAAGAAACGUCCGCGGGCGCAUGUGCUCGUUCAAAUUCUCUAAAUGAGUCACAGCAGCACACCCCAUUGCACAAACCAAAUGCUCUCACCCAUGGGUGGUCGGCCGCUCACCCAGCAGUUUCUUGACCUCGUCUGAGGCCGCCAGGCGCCUCAGGACGGCCUGCCCUCGCGCACUCUCGCUCUGUGACGGCUGCUUCUUGGCCUGCUCGACGUAGUAGGUGCGGAGGAGGUAGUCGACGUGCUUGUCGGUCCAGUCCAGCCACUGGUCCACCUCAGCCUGCAACACCCACCACCAUGGACAGCUUCUCGUGUGUGUGUGUGUGUGGUUACCGUGUUAGCGAAGGUCUCGCCAUAGAGCAGCUUGCUGGGCAUCACACUAGCAACUGACAGCAAGCAGCUCAUGGCAAUCCCGAAUGCAGACAACAGCGAUGUCGUCAUCCCACCGCCCACCCACUCACCGUAUCUGAGGAUGCUGUUGACGUACGACAGCUCGUAACCAUCAGGCAGCUUCAGCUUCGGGAUCUGUGUCACGAUAGACGAAGCAACCCUCCUCAGCUACACUGGUCGUGUCACAACAACACACAUGACCGUACCUCGAAGCCGCCGGUGGACUGAGUCAGUGACGAGGCGGCCGGCCCCGCCGGUGGCUCCACCUCCACUGCGAGACCGACAUAACGCGCCGCUGACAGGAUCUUGCGGGCGGCCAGACUGCCCGCACUGGCUCGAAGCUUCUGAAGCAAGCAACCAUACAUAGGAGGAGGGGGUGACCUACUGACAUGGAUGUCUGGGAAUGCUUGGGUCCCCGGUGUCUGCUGCUUACACCCACCAUUCUCGCGUGUGCUCUAAGCAGUCAAACUCUCCUACUCAUGGACAGCCUUCGGUUUCGUCCAGAAUUCGCGUUUCCGUUCC